GCUAAAUACAACAAAGAUUACACCAAUAGCGAUAUCACUGAAGCCUAUGCUCAAUAUUAUUAUGCCUACAACAAGCGUAUGAUUGAACGUCAUAAUGCUCUGUUCGAACGUGGCUCUAGAACCUAUAACUUAUCUGUCAAUCAAUUUACCGAUAUGCGUUUUAUACAUUUUAAUGCCCUAUUCCCAGUGGCUACUGGUACAGGACCUUCCUUCGAUUCCCCCUUACCUUCAGUAAAGCCAGCCACUCCCUCUUACGAUCCCAUAAAUGAUUUUGGCUUCUUCUCAAACAUAGAAAAUCAAGGUACUAAAUGUAACAGUGGUUGGGCUUUUGCCGCUGCCAAAGCUAUUGAACUUUUCCAAGCCCAACAAAUGGGCAAUAUGAAUCCUGCUCCCUUAUCGGCACAAAAUUUCAUUGAUUGUGCCGGUCGUGCUGCAGCCUGCAAAAAUCAAGUGCCUCAAGCCGCCUUCGAUUAUUUGACACAAUACAAUAUGGAUUUGUAUUUGGAAAGUGAAUACCCCAAUAACAAUACCCUCGGUGAACCAGGCAUGUGCACACCCAUGGGUCAAUUGGUUACAAAUUUGGGUUCCUAUUCACGUCUCACAGAUGGUGAUGAUGAAUCUUUGAAGGCUUAUGUUUCUAAUGGUUUCCCCGUGAUUGUGGAAUUCAAUCCCACUUCAUUUGAAUUUAUGCAUUAUUCAGGGGGUAUUUUCCAACAACCCUCAGUGCGUCAGGGUUCUCACUUUAUGGUGGUUAUUGGUUAUGAUACAGAUGCCACAACUGGCAUGGAUUAUUGGAUAUUACAGAACUCGUUCGAUACCACUUGGGGUGAAAUGGGUUUGAUAAAAGUCGCCAGAUCAGCAACGACGAAAUUGACCAAAAAUGCCAUAUUUCCCACGGAGUUAGCUUAAGUUUAACGAUUGCUUAAGUAGUUUUAGUAAUAUUUAUUUGUAUUUAUAAUGUAUUUUUUUUUAUAAAAAUAAAGAAAGAAAGUUUUUCAAAAAAAAAAA